AUGUUUGCCCGUCAAUCAUUCCGUUGCGCGCAGCCUCUUAAGCAGAGCUUCCGCAAGUACUCUGCGGUGGCCGCUCCCAAGAAGGCCAACUUGGCCCCCAUCUACGUCGGUGUUGGUCUUGCUGGUCUGGGUGCUGGCUUCUACCGUUACAACACUAGCGCUGCUGCCGAGCCAAAGGACCGCCCCAAGGUCUUCAAUGGUGAGGAGUGGAUCGACCUUAAGGUUGCUGCCAUUGAGAACCUCAGCGGCAACACCAAGCGUAUCCGCUUCGAGUAUGAGGACAAGGAUGCCGUCUCUGGUCUCCCCGUUGCCUCUGCUCUGUUGACCAAGUUCAAGCCCGAGGGCGGCAAGGCUGUCAUCCGUCCCUACACUCCCACCAGCGAUGAGGAAAUCCCCGGAUACCUCGAGCUCGUUGUCAAGGCCUACCCCAAUGGCCCCAUGUCCGAGCACAUCCACUCCCUCAACGUCGACCAGCGAUUGUCGAUGAAGGGUCCUAUCGUCAAGUACCCCUGGGAGGCCAACAAGCAUAACCACAUCUGCCUGAUCGCCGGUGGCACUGGUAUCACCCCUAUGUACCAGCUUGCCCGCCAUAUCUUCAAGAACCCCGAGGACAAGACGAAGGUGACCCUCGUGUUCGGCAACGUCACCGAGAAGGACAUCCUCCUCAAGAAGGAGCUCGAGGAGCUCGAGAACACCUACCCCCAGCGCUUCAAGGCCUUCUACGUCCUGGACCAGCCCCCCAAGGAGUGGACCGGCGGCAAGGGCUACAUCUCCAAGGAGCUGCUGAAGACUGUCCUCCCCGAGCCCAAGGAAGACAACAUCAAGCUCUUCAUCUGUGGUCCUCCCCCCAUGUACAAGGCCAUCUCCGGUCCCAAGGUCAGCCCCAAGGACCAGGGUGAGCUCGAGGGUAUCCUGAAGGAGCUCGGCUACAACAAGGAGCAGGUUUUCAAGUUCUAG